AUGUCAGAAGCUUGGGAACGUGAGAGGCAGAAUAAUGCCCGUCUCGAUGAUCUUGCUGGCAAGGUCUCCUCAAUCCGAGACUUUACGGUCAACAUCUACAACCAAGCAUCCGACCAGCGAUUAAUUGACGAUAACAACGAUACCUUUUCGAAUAUGACCAAUUCUGUCAAAAAUACCGCAAACAGGUUAACACGCAUGGCGAAGAAUACAUCGAAUAUACAGAUUUUCCGACUGGCGGGGAUUAUUAUUGGUGUUGUGGUUGUGCUGUGGAUCAUUUGGGGGUGGUUGUUUUGA